UUACCACGCUGUCUGCGUGUCUCCCUUCCUUCACUCUUCACUCUUCACUCUCAGCGGCCGCCGCCAGAUCUCCCUCUGAUUUCCACAAUGCAGGCUCCCACGGCGGCUCUCGCGGCGGCGCUCUUCCUCCUCUGCCUCUUUGUCUCGGAGGCGCACAACAUCACGCACAUCCUGGCAAAGCACCCGGAGUUCUCCACCUUCAACAGGUACCUGACGCUGACGCACCUGGCGCCGGAGGUGAACAGCAGGACCACAAUCACGGUGUGCGCCGUGGACAACGCCGCCAUGGAGGAUCUCCUAUCGAAGCACCCCUCGAUCUACACCGUGAAGAACAUCCUCUCCCUCCACGUCCUCCUCGACUACUUCGGCGCCAAGAAGCUGCACCAGAUCACGAACGGCACCGCGCUGGCCGCCACCAUGUACCAGGCCACCGGCUCCGCCCCGGGGUCCGCCGGCUUCGUCAACAUCACGGACCUCCACGGCGGGAAGGUGGGGUUCGGAGCGGAGAACAACGACGGCACGCUCUCCGCGACGUUCGUGAAAUCCGUGGAGGAAAUCCCGUACAAUAUAUCGGUAAUCGAGAUCAGCGGCAUCCUCCCCUCGGCCGCAGCGGAAGCCCCUGCGCCCGCGCCCAGCAGACAAAACCUCACAGGCAUUAUGUCGAAACACGGAUGCAAAGUCUUCGCUGACACGCUUUCCGCUUCCAAAGACGCGCUUGGCACCUUCACCGACACCCUCGACGGAGGCCUAACCGUUUUCUGCCCCCUCGACGACGCUUUCAAGUCGUUUCUCCCAAAAUUCAAAAACCUAACCGCCUCCGCCAAAGUCCAGCUUCUCGAGUUUCACGGCGUUCCCGUCUACCAAUCCCUCGCCACUCUCAAAUCCAACAACGGCCUUCAGAACACUCUCGCCACCGACGGCGCUAACAACUUCGACUUCACCGUUCAAAACGACGGCGAACAGGUCACGCUCAAAACCAGGCUCUCCACUGCCAAAAUCACCGACACGCUCUUCGACGAACAGCCUCUCGCCGUUUUCGCCAUUAACAAGGUGCUUCAGCCUAAGGAGUUGUUUAAGGCUGAGUCCCCCGCGCCGUCCCCCGCGCCUGAGCCUGCCGCCGCCGACGCUCCCUCGCCGCCCAAGAAGAAGGGCAAGAAGAAGACUCCGGCUGCUGAUGCACCGGCGGAUGACUCCGACGCUCCGGCCGACUCGCCCGGGGAUUCCGCCGAUGACACCGCCGACGAUAGCAACAGCGCCGUCCGCAGGUAUGUUAGUGUUGUGUUGCCUUUGCCUUUGCCUUUGGCUUUGGCGUUAUCUUUGUGUUUUUAAGUUGUUUUUAAAAGAUGAGUUUUUAGGUUCUUUUUUCUUCUUUUUUGGAAGUUAGGAAAUAAGGGGAUUCGAAGUGAUAUUCCUUUUUUUCUUUGGUGUGUAUUUUACUUUUUUUAGUUUAUUAUUAUUUUUAUUAUUGUAUUUGAUGCUGUUGUAAUUUUUGGUGGUGAGAGAGCGGGAAUUCAUACAUGGUUGUGAAUGUUAUAAUGUAAACUUUUAUUUAAUUUUAUCCAAUGAGUAUGGUUAGUGGUUUUAUUCA